AUGCGUAUUCUCGGAUUUUCAGAAGACGAGGGUGACUCAGCUGGAAGUGGAGCAUCAGAUCUCAUUGGCGAUAAUUUGGAGGAGCAGCUCGAUGUUGACAUCGAAGCUUUCCCAAUGGAAGCUGGCGAUAAAGACGGAAUAGUCAAUAUGUUGACUCAAGUAAGGUUCUUUCCUGUUUCCGGCGCUAGCAGUUCACUUGUUUUCCGAUUUUGUAAAGAUUGGUUACAAUUCUGA